AAUUCUGCUAAGAACUUGAGGUUGGUGUGACUUUUUCCCACGAGAAAAAGUAAAACAGUGUGCAGUGAUAACAACCUUAUCAGUGGGAUUAUAAAUAGUACGUCGCAAUUAUAUAUUGACAGACGAUAGAUUGUGACCGAGAACUCGCGACUUGGGAAGCUCAAUCAGUUGGGCAAGUGCUGUGCGAGUGAUGUUACUUGUCGGGAAGUUGUGCGGGAGUUUCUGGGCUAAAUCCCACCUGGUGACCAAGGGAUACCCCAGUGUCUCUACAUGGUCACCCCUAGCCACUGCUUUCAACACCAAGCCCCAUCCUAAGCUCAACUUUACCAAAAAUGACACAGGAUUAUUUGGCAUUGGAGCACUUACGAAUCCAGAAGGGUUCUACUUGCUGCGAGACAAUGCUAUCCACCGAACAGAUACGUUAAUUGAAGAAGCCACAAGUGGCCAGAGAAAGAGAAAAAUGGUCGAGAUUUUUGAUGAGCUCUCAGACACUCUCUGCAAAGUCGCAGAUCUGGCUGAAUUUGUAAGGCUCUCCCAUCCCCAUCUAAAAUUCCUCCAUGCAGCUGAAGAUGCCUGUAUCAGUAUCAGUGGGGUUGUUGAGAAAUUAAAUACUGACAGGGAACUUUAUCGGGUGCUAAAGGCUGUUGUGGAUUCCGGGGAUAUUUUUCCCACUACACUCGUGGAUGAUCACGUGGCUGAACUGUUUCUCUUUGACUUUGAGCAGUCGGGGAUUCAUUUGGAGGAGAACCUAAGGCGUCGUGUAGUCCAUCUAAAUGAGUGUAUCCUGCAAAUGGGUCAGAGGUUCAUGGCAGGAGCUAUAACGCCUCGAGUUGUGAACAAGGAGGUCCUCCCGGAAAAUAUUCGGCACUUCUUCAGUCGCAAAGGUGACAAAAUCGAAGUGUCCAGUUUAUUUGCAGAAUCCACAAAUGCUCUAGCCAGAGAAGCAGCCUUUAGACUCUUCCUGUACCCGGACAAGGGACAAGAUCAACUCCUUACGGAUAUUCUGAAAGCCAGGCAUGAACUAGCGACUGUCUGUGGCUUUCCCAGUUACGCUCAUCGAGCUCUCAAAUCCAGCACAGUUGAACGACCGGAUGUUGUCAAGGAAUUCCUAGAAAUCCUCACGGAUGGACUAAGACCAAGGGCUGAAGAGGAUUUCAAGCAAAUGGCACAAAUGAAACGCCAAGAAAAUCAGGUAAGAACUGAUUUAGCAGCAUGGGAUACUCCGUACUACACGGCGAAGCUAAAGAAGGAGCUGCUACAGGUGAAUGCCAAAGAGUUCGCGCCCUACUUCAGCCUUGGCGCGUGCAUGGAAGGUCUCAAUACCGUCACCAUGAACCUGUACGGAAUUCACCUAGAAAACACUGAGAUGGAGCCCGGAGAGGCGUGGAAUGGGGAUAUCUAUAAAUUGGCCGUUGUGCAUGAGACUGAAGGCAUUCUCGGCUACAUCUACUGUGAUUUCUUCGAGCGCCAUGGGAAGCCCAAUCAAGACUGCCAUUUUACAAUUCAAGGUGGCAAAAGGCUUCCGGAUGGCAGUUAUCAGCCGCCAAUUGUGGUGAUUAUGCUCAAUUUGCAGCAGUCCAGAUGGUCAGGACCAACUCUCCUGACACCCUCAAUGGUGGACAAUUUGUUCCACGAGAUGGGACAUGCGAUGCACUCAAUGCUGGCCAGAACGGAGUAUCAGCAUGUCACUGGCACGAGAUGCAGUACUGACUUUGCUGAGAUUCCAUCUGUACUCAUGGAGUACUUUGCAGCUGAUCCGAGGGUACUGGCUACUUUUGCCAGGCACUAUCAGACCCAAGAACCAAUGCCACAAGACAUGCUCAAUCGAUUGUGCGCAUCAAAGUUCCUCUUCACAGCAUCCGAGACGCAAUUGCAGGUUUUCUACUCGGCGCUGGAUCAAGCCUAUCACAGUGAAGCCAGUGUUCACGGUUCCUCUACCACCGAUACUCUCCGUGAACUCCAGGGACGCUACUAUGGUCUUCCUUAUGUGGAAUCCACAGCCUGGCAGUUGCGUUUCUCUCAUCUGAUUGGCUACGGAGCCAAAUACUACUCUUACCUGGUGUCUCGAGCUGUGGCAUCUAGCAUCUGGCAGACCUACUUUGCUCGUGAUCCUCUGAACCGGACACAGGGUGAAAAGUACCGCCAGGAAUUUCUGUCCUUUGGCGGAGGAGUGCCCAGUCGACAGUUGGUCAGCAAUUUUCUCCACAACGAAGUGACACCCAAGACGCUAGCACAGAAUCUCAUAGAGGAAAUUGACGCCAAUAGUGACAAGAUUAGGCGAUUAACGGAGAGAUAGGAGACUAGAAAUCCAUAAGUCAGUGUUUUAAGUCUAGGUCUGUGUUUUAUUAUCAAAAAAAAAAUAGGAAAAUGGAGGGGAGGGCAAGGAGCUUGAAAUGCGGAGAAGGGUGAAUAUUCUACAAUUCUUAUUUUUUUUUAUCAUAAUUCAUUGGCCAAAAAACAAAACAAAAGGAAAAAAAACCUGAAAUUCAUCCCACAGGAAAAUCUUCAAUCACUUGUGGCAACUUAUUUACAUCCCUCUCUCUCUCUUUCUCUUUCUUAUAUCAAAUUUCUCUGUAAAUAUAGUUUUUAAAUAAAUUGAUAGACAUCCAA